GAGGUAUGGCCUUGAUAGAAAGGCUAACGAAAGGAACCAAUCAAAAAAUCAACAAAAGUAAGAGAUAUACUUGAUCAGUAUACACUUUGAAAAUAGCAUCUUGAUUCCAGUCCUUUCAUAUUGGAAUUGCUAUCAGCUGUAAAUCUAUUGAAGUCUAUUUCCCCCGGGGAAUCGACAACAGUGACGCGCUGCGGUAAAGCAUGUUUGUAGUCUUUUUGAAAUCAAGUAUAGUGGUCCUUUAUGGCGAACGGAUUUUUUUUUUACUACAUAUUCCGGUAAAUUCUUAAUCGUUUUUUCUGUUGUACUGACUGACAAGACAGUUGUGCGCUGGGAACCAGGCUAGCGAAUUUUGUGCAUUAUCGUAUAUUCUUCGCAGAAUGGGAAUAUCAGAUGUAACAUUUGACACAACUGGUCCUGUGGUGGACUUGUCAGCCCAGGGUCUGCAGAAGCUGGAGCCCAGUUUCACCUGUUCUGAUGAAACGCACACGCUCAUCCUGGACCGGAACCACAUCAUGAAACUAGACCAUUUGGAGAGGAGCCAAGGCCUCCAACAGGUAGGCUCUCUUUAUCUGUUGUUGGAAACCGCCUGGUGCGAAUGAUGGGUGUGUGUCGUCUGACCGAGCUGAGAGUUCUGAACCUGCCCAAUAACAGUAUUGGCUAUAUUGAAGGGCUGAGAGACCUGCCACACCUGGAGUGGCUCAACUUGGCAGGCAACAACAUCAAGGUCAUUGAGCAGCUCAACAACUGUGUGGCUCUCCAACACUUGGACCUGUCUGAUAACAACAUCUCCAACAUUGGUGAUGUUACCAAGCUGUUAGCCUUGAAGACCCUUCUCCUCCAUGGAAAUAGCAUUACGACGCUGCAGACCGUUCCCACUCAUUUGCCCAUCCAUCUGUCCAUCCUCUCCCUGGCAGAGAAUGAAAUUCGAGACCUCAAUGAGGUCUCCUACCUGGCACCCCUCCAUGACCUGGAACAGCUCUCCAUUAUGACUAACCCCUGCGUCAUGGUAACACCCUCGUUGCCUGGAUACGACUACCGGCCGUACAUCAUGAGCUGGUGUCUGAAUCUCAAGAUCCUGGAUGGAUAUGUGGUGUCUCAGAAAGAAGGGUUGAAGGCAGAGUGGCUGUACAGCCAGGGCAAAGGUCGAUCAUACCGGCCAGGUCAGCACAUGCAGCUGGUCCAGUACUUAGCCACCGUGUGCCCUUUGACCUCCACGACAGCCCUGGAGACCGCAGAGGAUGCCAAGCUGGAGAAGAUCCUCAGCAAGCAGAGGUUCCACCAGAGGCAGCUCCUGCAGCAGACCCAGGGGGGCUUUCCCAGCCCUCCCCGCCCCACCCAACUGGAUGUGGAGACUCAAAGCCCCCGCCAUGUGCCUCUAAUAGAGGAAGACAGAACCACAACGCCUGUGACUGCUCCAUCUGCCAGACAGACAGAGCUAGCGACGGUGCAGGUGAACACCUGGCUAGGCUGCGACCCCUCCCAGGUGGCCUCACCUCCUCUCCAUAGCCUCAGGGGUGUGGAGGAGCGCCUCUACCUGGAGGACGUCCAGAGCCAGACAGAUGAGGACAAACUCAGCGGCAGCCUGCUCUCCUCCGAGUCCACCUUCCUCCUAGUCACCUCUGAACCCCCCCGCUCUGACAGCGAGGAUGAGACGGAGACGUUUGAGCACGACUCGCUGGUACCCGAACACCCCAUUCAUCCCAAAAAUACCCUUGCUGAAAAGACCCUACAGGCACCCACGGGGAAAGGGAGUGAGAGCCAGAAAGAGAGAGAGAUGGAGAGAGAAAGGGUGUCAGGUGACAGCCACCUCACCUGUACCUUAACCUCAACUGCCGGUCUACCUAUGAUGGAAGAUGACCAAUCACAGACCAAUGAUAGCGCUCCGCUCCAGGGAGCAUACUCAAACUGCAAUGCUGUAGAGGUGAGGGCAGGGUCUAAGCAGGAAGAUAAAGCAUUGGUGAGAUGUGAUAGGCUGGGUCGCUGUGAGGCGGACAGGGCAGCCGUCAAGAUCCAGGCAUGGUGGAGGGGAAUGUGGACUCGGCGCUGCCACCCGCUGGCCAAAGAGGUGCGGUGUGAGAUCCGCCUGCGCAGGAUGCAGGAGCACAUAGUCUUCCUUUCUGGAGAGUUUGAGAGAGUGAGGCAGCAGCAUGAAGAGGAGAGGUUGAAGAGACUGGUACAGGAGGAGGCUGUGAGGUUUCUAUGGAGGCAGCUUCAGUCCAUGCAGCAGUGGCAGUGUUCUGUAGAGGGGCAGCUGGCCAGCGUGACUCAGGCCGGGUCAUCUCUUGCUCCAGCCCUGACCUCCGGGCUCUGUGACCUCCCAGCUCUUCGACUCCCCCUACCUCUGGCCUCCAGCACUGCAAACCCAGCCUGUACAGUCCUCUCCUUCCCAGACUCGGGGUUCCAGUCAACAGAUGAACUGCAGGUGGGGCAGGAAGACACUUUCCUGAGCUGUGGGACGGGCGACUCUCUGGAGACUGUGCGGCCGCUGGUCGUGGGGGGGUUCCAGGCUCCUUGUGGUGGGGGGAAUGGUCAGGACUGCAGUCUGUUGGAGCAGUACCUGUCCUCCGUGCAACAGAGAGAGGAGGAGGCAGAGGAGGGGGGUGCCAGCGACAGAACAGGCACACCACAGCCUCCCUCAUCUGCCGAAACAGCACAGCCUGACUCCCCCACUCAGAACACAGGAGACAGACACAGAGCAGCAACACACACACUGGAAAGUCCAAUUUGAAGUGCCUGACCUGCUCCUAGUCUUCUGGGAUUGGCUAAGAGACUGCCCAUAAACUCAGUCCAUCUGUGCUGAUGAAUGUUAUUGAUGGCUCUAACAGCACCUCAUAGACCUUACUGACUAACAUCCAUAUAGCGAGUGGUAUAUGGACUCACGAAUGUGUAUACAUUCAUAUAGCCUGGAUGACUUUUCUCAUUUUGACUUUAAAUCUCUUGGACUGCUGCUAGCCUGGAGACCUGACUGUUCCUGCAUUCAAUAAUGCUUUGUUGGUUGCCAUGAUUUGUCAGUCCAAGGACAAUUAGGCUAAUGCUUGACUUACAUUCGGGAGACGUGGGAACGAUAGUCCUACCUUCCGACACCUCUGAAUUUUUCUGUACACGGCAGACAUGCAAUUUAGACCGGUGCUAAAAAUGUUAAUCCCUGACAUGCCCCAACAUUAAGUGAUAGCACGUCCGGUGACAAGAUUCUCCAGGACAAUCGGAUAGAAAGGCAUCCCAUGGUACUCAGUAACCCUUUCCUUGACCUCACUGAAACUAUACAUAACCUUAAUUAACCUAAGCCUAUUUUCUAAACCUAACCUUAAUUCAUUUCGACCCCUGUGCCUAAGUCUUUGUUCUGCUGGUUGAAUCUACACUUCCUUUAAGUGUAAGUAUUAAGUCCAUCUACCCUCCAACUUUGGUCAUCUGCAACUUCCCUGUCUGUCAUGCAGUGGUGGAAAUAUUACCCAGUUGUCAUACUUGAGUAAAAGUAAAGAUACCUUUUUAUAGAAAAUGACUGGAGUGAAAGUCGCCGAGUAAUAUUCUACUUGAGUGAAAGUCUAGAAGUAUUUGGUUUUAAAUAUACUUAAGUAUCAAAAGUACAAGUAUAAAUAAUUUCAAAUUCCUUAUAUUAAGCAAACCAGAUCAAUGUUCUUUUCUCUUUACGGAUAGCCAGGGGCAUGCUCCAACACUUAGACAUCCUUUACAAACAAAGCAUGUGUUUUGGAAGUCUGCCAGAUCAGAGGCAGUAGGGAUGACCAGGGAUGUUCUCUUGAGAAGUGUGAGAAUUAGACUAUUUUCCUGUCCUGCUAAGUAUUCAAAAUAUAACUAGUACUUUUGGGUGUUCAAGGAAAAUGUAUGGAGUAAAAAGUACAUUACUUCACUACAUUCCUGAAAGAAAGUUAAGUUGUAAAAAAUAUAAAUAGUAAAGUAUAGAUAACCAAAAAAACUAAGUAGUACUUUCAAGUAUUUUUUUAACUUAAGUACUUUACACCCUGUGCUAACGUUAUGUUAUCUGUAUUUAUCCCUAUUUAUUUAUCCAUCACAUAAUGGUAUUUAUGUCCUUUUCCCUCUUGUUCUCCGUUUCACAGACCACAACCCUCCUAAAGCCCAUUCCAAACCCCUUAACCACCAAACCCUAAACCUUCAUUAUCCAAACUCCAUCAAACCAUCCUCGCUGCCUUUUCUGUAUGAAUAAAUAGCAAAACAUUAUGCAUUCUCACCGAUAACCCACAGUGGCAAUAUAACCCAGCAGUCAGUAACGCUAUACAUCAUUUAUAGGGCUGUCAGUGUUUAUCAGUUAACUUUUAGUAAUUUAAGUGCACUUAAAAAAGAAAUGGUGCAUUGAUGACCUGACGCAUGAAAGAAAGUCAUGACUGGGCUGAUGGAAACAUGAAUUGCUCUUAAAAUUGUAUAAAUGCCUACAGACAACUUG